UAAAUAAAGUGUAGACUAGGAGGUCUCAAAAUACUUUUUGAACUAAGCCCUUAAUCUUCACUACUUUGGACUAGAAUGGAAAUGUCACCAACGCCUUCCCAAUUAAUUUGCCCUGGCUGUAAUGACUGAAACCAGAACUUCCCUUUACACCCAUGACCUCUACAGGCAUCUCUUUUUCCUCUGCUCAAGAACAGUAACUGCUCACUGCUGUGUCUACCACAUGGGCCCCAGAGUAAGGGGUGAUAGGUAGGGCUAUAGGCUCCCGACUCCCGGCAGUGCCUCUCUCCAACCCCCACGAGGCUGGGACAGCUCCCUCCAUCUCAGCAGCUGCUACCAAGCACCCGACCCACUCUCGCCCGCCUCAUCCCUCGAUCCCCUUCCCUCCCUCUCACAGCACUCCGCUUAAGACUACCCCAGCCUUCCGAGCCCCACCACCAGUUUUCGCACUCCGCCCGGCGCGUGAGGCCCUGGGCGGUGCAGGGGAGCGUUGACGACAGACGUGGGCCGUGACGUCGCCGCGCUCUGACGUCAAGCCGACUGGCGGCGCGGUCGCCCGGGAGACUGGGAAAGCCGUUUCACGCCCGUAGUAGUCGAAGUCGAGGUGAGGGACGAUGGUUUUCCUCAGCCUGGGAUGGCCCGGUCCUCCAACAUGCAGUUCCGGAGUGGAGGCGUGCUCGCACCCGGGGAGAGAGCCAGAAAGCUGAGCCGCGGCGCCCCAGCGAGGGCACGAGGCCCCGGGCCUGUACUCCGCCACCACGCUCCUCUGCGGCCCCUUCUUGUUCUCUGCCAGCCCGCGGGGCCCAGGCGCGGUCCGCCUUCCUCCCAGCCCCGGGGAACGCGCGGCUCUGCUUCCUCACCCUCGCACCCUCCUCCUCCUCUUCUGGCCACGGCAGGUCCAGGGAGAAUGGGGUUAGAAAGGGACAGAUUUGAAAGCCGUCCCAGCAGUUUUGUCUGGCCUUGCGGUUGGUUUCUGUGUGGAAGAUCCCGCCGCUUCAGGGAAGUCUUAGGACGUGAACUCCCGCCUUCACCUGCCCCUGACCUGCUCGUUGUGGGUGAUUCACGCCACGGGAAUGGUUCUUUACGUAAGGGCUUGAAAGCUGAACAUUUCCUUUGGCUUCAAAGCUCUCUCACCGUAUUUUGGGAAGUUAUGGAUCAUCACAUUCCCAUGCAUGCUUUGCCUGAAGAAAUCCAAAAGAUGUUGCCUGAAGAAAAAGUUUGUAAGUACUGUGGAGUCAGCUAUCUAAUUCUUCAUGAAUUUAAGGCUAUGGAAGAAAAAGUGAAAGCAAUGGAAAAAGAGAUGAAAUUUUAUCAAGGAAGUGUAGAUCGUGAAAAGAGACUUCAAGAAAAACUGCAUUCUCUUCGCCAAGAACUUGAACAGUACAAAAUUGAUAACAAAUCUAAAACAGAAAGAAUUUACGAUGUAGGCAUGCAGUUAAAAAGUCAACAAAAUGAAUUUCAGAAAGUAAAGAAACAACUGAGUCAUUUGCAAGAUGGGCUAAAAAUUAAAUAUAGACAAUCAUACAUCUUCAGUCAAAGAUUGUCAGAGUACAAAUAUUUCUGGAAUAAGACUCUUUCAUUACUUACUUUUACUAAAAGGGAGCUAACCAGUAUUAAAAAUGAAGUAUAUGAUAAUUACCAAAACUGGACUUCAUUGAAAGGAGAAGUUUUUCUACAAAUUAAAUCUAUAAGUGAAACAGCCUUGGCAGAAAUAGACAUACUGAAUAAAAGUUUGACAGUGUCCCAGAGAAAUAAAGUAUGCCUUGAAAAGGAAAUGAAAAAUCUGAAAUUGUUGUCAGAUGCAGCCAUAUUGAGAUCUCAGCAGAUUCAGACAUCUAGACAACAGGAAGUAAACUUGCAAACCAGAUGCUAUGAUUUGCAAAAAGAAGUACUAGAUUUACAAUGUCUAGUAGAGGCACUUGGAUUAAAACUUCAGAAGGCGGUGACAGAGAUGGACAACUAUAAAGAAAUGCUUAUGAAUAAAUCUAAUGAAGCUGAUGACUAUCAAAGAGAACUUAAAAAACUGAAGUUUGAAUCCAGUAUUUCUGAGUCACAGCAUACUAUGCUGCUUAAGGAAAAAGAAGACUCUUUAAUGACUUGUCAACAGAUAUAUAAAGCAUUACAGGAAGAUCUGACUGCGAAAGAAAAGCAAGAAGAAGACAUAAAGAGAAGAAUUAACCUUGCAGAAAAUGAACUGGAGAUAACCAAAACUCUUCUGAAUCAGACAAGGGAAGAGGUUUUAACACUGAAAAAUGAAAGGGAAUUGAUGCUGAUUUCACAUCAGAAAAGCAUCGAGCAGCUGCAAGAAACCCUUAAACAGAAGCUGCUGAGUGAUGAUAACUGGAAGGAGAAGAUUGAAGCAGAACUUGCCAAGGAAAGGGCCCAACACUUGGUUGAAUUUGAAGAGCAAGCUCUUCUCUUUAAGGAAGAAACAAAAUUGCAACUUGAUAUUGAAAAAGAAAAACACCAAGAUGUAAUCCAAAAGUAUAAGAAAGAACAAGAGGAACUACAAAUGAAGAUAUCUGACUUAAUCACAGGCGCUACAAGAGAUCUAAGGCAGGAAGUGACUGCUCUUAAAGAAAAACUUCACAAAUCCCAUAUUCAGUACACUGAAGAAUCUAAGUCAAAGGAAAAAGAAAUUGAAAAUCUUAAAAAUUUGGUUGCAGAAUUUGAAUCUCGCUUGAAAAAGGAAAUUGACAGUAAUGAUUCAGUUUCAGAAGACUUGAGGAAGGAAAUGAAACAGAAGUCAGAUGAACUGAAAAGAGUAAUGCUGGCUCAAACACAACUGCUAGAGCAAUUUAACCAGUCCCAGGAAGAGAAUACUUUUCUUCAAGAGACAGUGCGUAGAGAAUGUGAAGAACGCUUUGAACUGACAGAGGCUUUGCGUCAAGCCAGAGAACAGCUCCUGGAGCUCAGUAAGCUUCGUGGAAGUUUACCAUUCUCACCGUGUUCCCUCAGCAAGGGCAGCGUAACCUCCCCUGCCGCAGCAGUCAGUAAUCACGGAGAGAGAAGCCUUGCAAGACUGAACUCUGAAAAAGGAAUCCAAAUUCCCAGCCUGCGCGGGGUGUCAAAACCCACCACUUUCCCAACCUCAGAUAAGCCGAAGAGGGUUAGCUCAGGCGUGCCCAUUCUCCCCCAGCCACAUCCUCCCAGGGGUGGAGCAUCUUCAGCAAAUGAGACUAGACAGAGACUGGCUGCCAUUCUUAGGAGAAGGCGGAGUCAGCAAUGAUCCAAAAUGAUGAGCAGGAAGCUCCCCACAGCGUGCACGCUCUUUCAGAGAGUGCCAGGAAUUCACUGUAACUGAGAAUGACAAAGAUAAAAUUAUUUUCACAGAUCAGGAAGGCAUACCUAUAGAUAUAUUUAACAAAAGACUGUAAAAAGCUGGAAAAUUGUGAAGCCUUAUUUUUCAAGAGGGUUUUGAUAGAGUAACAGAUCAUUAAGUUGUUGGUAUUCCAGAGGUCUGAUUUCUAUAUUUAUGUUGGAAUGUGCUCUAUGAACAUAGCCUUUUAGAGAUCACAGGUAAAAUUUUUCACCCAUAACAUCUUUUCCAUUUCUUGCGCCACUACAAGCAGAUAUAUUUCCACAAAAAAAAAUAGAUUGUUUGAGUUUUGUUGGUAUGUGUUCAUUUGUUUGUUGAGCUGAAUAGAUUAAAUCGAUGUAAUAAGUAUUCCAAACAGAAAAAAAAGUACUUUAUCUAAUUAAAAUUAGAUAAUCUCCAAAAUGCUUAGUUCAGGUAGUUGCAGAGCUCAUCAUCAUAAUCAAAAGCGUCUUUUCCUCACCUUACAAUCUAAUUGGUUAAUCUAAUUUCUCUUUAGGCUAGCUCAGAGUUAAUGAUAGAUAACCUUCAGGAAGACAGUCUUCUCUGAGUGGCUGGGGACCUUCUAGAAAAAGAGAUGGUAAUGUCAAUUCAAGGAAAUGGUAGUUUAUUUAUCAAAUUAUGUAGAUUAUUUUAGUAAACAAAGAACCUGACCAUAUUGAUAGAUAUUUUCUACGAUGAGUGCUUUUUGGUACUUAGAGUUAGGUCUUUAUUUGACCUUGUAUUCUCGAACCAUUGGGAAAAGAACUAAUUCAAGACAGUUUAGUAAAGUUAUACAGAGCUAAUUUGGGAUUCAAAUUUUAUUACCCCUGAAAAUGGGUAACUGGUUAACAUGUUUUCUAUUUUCAGAGUGAAAAAGUAAAACCAGAAGCCAGAUCAUCUAUUUUAUUUUAAACCUGCAGACACUUCCUGUUUCUUAAAACACAACUCUUUGCCUUAGUCUAGUGUUCAUCUAUGUUUUUCUCCAUCUAAUAGAAGUGUAUUUUCCUUCAAAAACUAACUUUACUUAAAUACUCCAUCUGACUGCAUCAUGAACAUCCAGCCUUCCUAUUCCCAUAUUAGAAUAAUAGUAACACAUUUAAAAUAUGCUACAUAAAAUUCUCUGCUAUUUGACCAUCUUAUUGAUCAGAUAAUUCAAAGGUAUUUGGGAUCUCUUCCAUGUGCAAAAGAUGUAAAGUUACUAAACAAAAUCAAGUUUAUUUCCAGUCUUCCAAAACAUUAGUCUAUUAAUAGAGUAUCUCAACCUCAAAAAAAUUCCACAUUAGGUCCACUGAUUUGCCUGACUAGUUUAAGUAUGGCCUCUUGUGUUAAGAGUUGAAUGCUUACUUUUGUUUUGCAGAGAUUGGCAUCCCUUGUAAUGGCCUUUGACAAGAGAGCACAACAUCAUUGAAGAAUGGCACUGGGUGAAUCUUAGAAGUCACCCCAACCGUAAUUUUACAGAUAAGGAAUAGAUGCCCAAAGGGAUUGUGACUUGGCUAAGGUAGUACAGCUAGUUAGUAACAACUAGAACCAGAACCACAAUCACCUGACCCCAGAUUUUCCACCUCACUGGAGCUUCCCAAACCUCCAUCAUGACCUUUGUCAAUAGCACCUACACUGUAUGUAGUUUAUAUUUUUCCUUAAAUGCACUUACUUUUUAACCGGAAAUUUAUGUAAAAAGUAAAUUUGACUCAAGGAGAAGUAGCUAUAAUGAGUUUGAUUCACUGUUUUUUUCUUAUACACUUUGAAAUAAAUGUGUAUCUAAGAAAUCUUCGCUGGGCACGGUGGCUCCACGCUUAUAAUCCCAGCACUUAGAAAGACCAAGACAGGAGGAUUGCUUGAGCCCAGGAGUUCGAGAUCAGCCUGGGCAACAUAAGGAGACCUUGACUCUACAAAAAAUAAUAAUGAAAAUUAGCCAGGCAUAGUGGUGCUUGCCUGUAGUCCUAGCCACUUGGGAGGGUAAGCUGGGAGGAUCCCUGGAGCCCAGGAGGUCAAGUUUGUAGUGAGCCAUGAUUGUGCCACUGCCAUCCAGCCUGGGCAACAGAGUGAGACCCUGUCUCAAAACAACAACAACAACAACAAAAAGUGUUAGUCGGUUCACCCUCUAAAAUCAUCUUGUAUAAUGCCAACAGGUGACCACUACACUGGACCUUAGGGUCUCUGAUCUG